AUGCUGGACAAAGUCGCAGAAAUCGCCAAGACUCUGAAAGGAUCCGAUGGAAAUCUUAUUCCCAUCAUCUACCGACCAUUCCAUGAGAACAAUCGCGCUUGUUUCUGGUGGGGGCAAACCAAUGCCGCCAAAAACACCGCGGAUGACUUCAAGAAGAUCUGGCAACACACUGUCCACUACCUCCGCGACAUCAAAGGCGUCCACAACUUUCUCUACGCCUACUCUCCCAACGCGGGCUACGCCAACCUGAACACUAAAGGCAGUUUCGUUACGUCCUACAUGGACACUUACCCGGGUGACGACUACGUCGAUGUCUGGGGUGUGGAUGAUUACUACAACAUCGACGAUCCGAGUCGUCUGCAGAACUUCGCAGACAGGUUGUCCGAAUUAGUCCUGGAGGCAGAGAAACGCGGUAAAAUCCCCGCCAUUACGGAAUUCGGAUUGCAAAACAACGGUCUCGACAAGGAUAACAACUUCCUCAUGGAUCGCCUCUUGAAUCCAAUCAAAGGUGUCUGUGUGACCAGUCGUCCGGCCUCCCGCAGACUAGCCUACAUGUUAGCCUGGGCCAAUCACUGA